CGUGCGUGCGUGCGUGUCACAGUGAGAAAGCACUGGCUCGCUCUCUCCGACCCGCCUGCAAUCUCUCUUGCACUAUGGAGCCCAACAGCCCGAAGAAGAUCCAGUUCUCUGUGCUGCCCCUCCAGAAGCAGCUGGACCCACAGGCAGCAGAACACAUCCGAAGGAGGAGACCCACACCAGCGACACUGGCGCUUCACACUGACCCACGUUCCACAGAAGUUGGAGCUCAGCAAAGAACUGGCAAUCCAGGCCAGGCCCAGGUUGGUGAGCUCUCCAGUGCACAGAGAAAACAGGGAGUCUACAGGCUGCCUGCAAUGAAAGGAGGAAAAUUGCUGAAGACUCACAAAGAACCACCUUUCCUCGAAGAAGAGGAGGCUGUGAUUGAGCAGGAGGCCCGGGACACCUAGAGAAGAGUCAGGAUGGAGGAUGAGGUUCGCAGCUGUGGACAAAUUUUCUCGGGACAUUGUUGAGACCAUAUGGAAUGCAGUUGUACUUGUUUUGACCUGUGGUACCCAGUUUAUUUUAAUCUCCUCUUCUGUCUACAUUUAAACACUCAGCUUGAUACUAGUUAAGACUAGUUUCCUUUUUCAGAUUGUCUUCACUUAAU